UCACAGCUAAUACGCUGUGUGUUUUAUAAUGAUAAUGUGAUCAUAACAACAUCGCCCUUAGUGCAUCUCAUUUAAUCUUCUCCACAAUCCUGUGAGGUAGGUGUUCUGUCCCCAGCUCACCGGAAGCAGCUGCAGAGAUAAGGUGAGGAGGAUGAGUCCGGCCCCAGGAAGUUGCUCUGAUCUUACCCUGGAGACAUCGGAGGGGCGCCCUCCUCCCCAACCAGGAUCCAGGAGAAGAGGAGAACCGAGUCGUUGGUAGGGAAAUUCAGCCAGAAGUAGCUCCUGCUUCCAGAAAUCUCUCCAGCCUAGCCCUUGAGUCCCGGCCCGACGAGAUGGCAGGCGCCUAACCUGCACCCAUCGCAGGCGCAGCCCAUCCAGCCCAUGGGCUCCCGAGGACCCGCCCUGCCAACGGAAAGGCCGCGGCCGCGAUGGCGGCGGACGUCGAGGGGGAUGUGUAUGUGCUGGUGGAGCACCCUUUCCAGUACACUGGCAAGGACGGCUGCCAAGUCGCCAUCCAGCCCAACGAGCGCUAUCGGAGUCAGAACUCAUCAGCAGCCUGCCUCAUGCAGCACUUCCGCAGCCCUGACAGGAAAUGGGCUGGAGGCUCAGCCUCCCACCAUCUCAAGGCCACUUCUUGUUUCCCUUUUGCCCUGUGCCAGCCGGGGUUGUGCCCCGUGGCUCCACCCCCAAAGCUUCCCAGGGCUCCAUCCCAGCAGCUCGGAGGGGACAGGAUGGUGGACGUGAUUGCCAAACUGACCAGGAGGCCGAGCCGGGCCCUUCGGGUGCAGGUGGAUGAAACCUCAGAGCCCGUGUAUGCAAACAUAGAGAGACAGCCUCCAACCACUUCACCUGUCGCCGCUGCGGGCCCCAGACCCGGCCAGGUGUGGGAGACACACACGGACACGGACACCGGGCGGCCUUACUACUACAACCCAGACACCGGCGUGACCACCUGGGACUCGCCCUUCGAGGCUGUGGAAGACGCCACCAGCCCCGCCCACUCCCUGUCCUCGGUGGGCAGCCACGAGAGCCUCGAGACUGAGUGGGGUCAGUACUGGGAUGAGGAGAGCCGCAGGGUGUUCUUCUACAACCCGGUGACAGGCGACAAGGUCUGGGAGGAGGAGGCCCAAGAGCCCGAGGAGGAGGAGGAGGAAGAGGACGACAACGACAACACGUUGAAGAUGCAGCCAGGCCUGAGCCCCCGCAGCCCCAAGGACCAGAGGCCUCCCACCCCUGAGACAGACUACCCUGAGGUACUGACCAGUUACCCCGAGGAGGACUAUUGCUCUUCAGGCUCCUUCAGUGAGCCCGGGCCGGCCUCUCCUUUUGUCACGCCUCCCGGCUGGUCAUGCCACAUGGACCCGGAGGGGCAGACACUCUACACCAACCAGUUUACCCAAGAGCAGUGGGUGAAGCUGGAGGACCAACAUGGGAAGCCCUACUUCUACAACCCCAAAGACUCCUCUGUUCGGUGGGACCUGCCCCAGAUCCCAAUUCCUGCCCCUCGAAGCAUCCUCAAAUCCAGCCAAGACAGUGAGACCCCAGCCCAGGCCAGCCCUCCGGAGGAGAGGAUCAAGACCCUGGACAAGGCAGGCGUGCUCUGUCGCACCAAGACAGUGGACAAGGGAAAGCGGGUCCGGAAGAAGCACUGGAGCACCUCCUGGACGGUGCUGGAGGGCGGCAUCCUGACGUUCUUCAAGGACUCGAGGACCUCAGCUGCAGUCGGCCUGCGGCAGCCUCCUAAGCUCUCGACCCCUGAAUACACAGUGGAGCUGAAGGGGGCCUCUCUUGCCUGGGCCCCCAAAGACAAAUCCAGCAAGAAGAAUGUGCUGGAGCUGCGGAGCCAAGACGGCUCAGAGUACCUAAUCCAGCACGACUCGGAGGCCAUCAUCAGCACCUGGCACAAGGCCAUUGCCCAGGGCAUCCAGGAACUGUCUGCAGACCUGCCCCCGGAGGAGGAAAGCGAGAACAGCAGUGUGGACUUCGGGUCCAGCGAGCGCCUGGGAAGCUGGCGGGAGGAUGAGGGACGGCCUGGAGCAGCCGCUCCUGUCCUGAGCCCUGGGGUCCAGGAGAGCGACUUGAGCAAGGUCCGGCAGAAGCUCCUCAAGUUCCUACUCAAGAGGCCCACGCUGCAGUCGCUGCGGGAGAAGGCCCAGCGCAGCCGCCUCGUGCGCAGCCUGGUGCACACGCUGCCCGCCCCCAACCACGAAACCAUGCGGCUCCUCUUCCAGCACCUGUGCCGGGUGAUUGAGUACGGCGAACAGAACCGCAUGUCCGUGCAGAGCGUGGCCAUCGUGUUCGGGCCCACGCUGCUGCGGCCCGAGACGGAGGAAGCCAGCAUGCCCAUGACCAUGGUGUUCCAGAACCAGGUGGUGGAGCUCAUCCUGCAGCAGUGCUCCGACAUCUUCCCGCCGCACUGACCCCCACGCCGGCGCUGGCCACGUGUGUCCUGCCACGCGGCUAGACUCGAUUUCAGAGACCCUCCACUUCCCCCCGGUCCGCAGGCCGCGGGGAAUUCUGCGCCCUCAGUUCUGAGGGUAUGGUGACCCUUGGUGGGUAGCUCACAAUAUGUGAUUUUCCCCUCACCUGUCCUGUUUUGGGGUUAGUUGGGUUCUGUUCUUUAUUACAGCGCCACCUCCUGUGUGUGCGCGGGCGCGCACACGAGAAUGUCGUGGGGGGCGGGGGCGGUGAGGGUUGUUUCUGGGAUGCCCAAGCCCCUUGUUGCAAGGAGUAAUUUGGGUGAGGGGCUUCCUGGCUUCUGCAGGCUUGAGGCCUUAACAGAGACCCUGUGGGCUGGCACUGUGCCCGUCAUGAAGCACCUUCCCUGCGGCCGAAACAGGACUGACCCGGGCCUCCAGUGCGGGCAGCUGAACCUGCCUUCCCUCAGGCGCCAGGAAGGAACUUCUGCCCAGCCCUCCCACUGGCUGGCUGUGGACAGUUUUCGCCUGCUUUCUUGUUUGCGGUUCCGGGCCUCUGCCCUCCUUGACCCACUUAUGUUCUGUGCCAGGGGUCUUCCCCUUGGGUAAAUGUGUGCCUGGCAUCUGCCACCCGACAUGCACCAUUUCCACACACGAUCCCACUUUACAGAUGAGAAAGCCGAGGCUUGCAGAGGCAAAGUGACUUGUUCAGGGUCCAGUGGGUGAUCUGACUCCCCAGCUCAAGCUCCCCUUCUACCAAAGCACAGCCUCAUGGUGGGGUAAAAUCAGUCCUUUCAGCUACCCCCUCACCGCAGCAGGGAUUGAUGGGUAAAGCAAAAAAAAAAAAAACGAAGCUGGGUGGGUUCUGUCUGGGCCUGGGGAGGUGAGCGCCUGGACCUGGAGGUGAAGAGGGAGCCUGCCCAGCUGUUCUUCCCUGGGGGAGGGGAAGUGGCACUAGCAGGAGCCCCUCUCAGUACCUGGCUGUCAAGUAUGCCUCCCUGGUGGCUGCCUUGCCACUCAGAGUUGGGAGAGGCCUGCAGGAUGGAGGGGAGGGGAGUGUAACCCCCACAAAGGCAGUGUGGACCCCGGGGUCAGCAGCCCCCUUUCCUCAUGCACAGACCACAUCAGUUUAUGGGUCUCACCUCCCUGCCUCUCCCACCCGCUCGCUCACUCCACAAGCAAUAAUAGCUAAUAUUUAUUGACAUUUGCACCAUGCCAAGCGUUGCACUUGGAUCAUCCUGUUCGUCUCUCACAGCCAAUAUUUAUUACCUGCUCUUCUGUGCCAGACACUGCUCUGGAGCAGAGUGCCGCUCGUUGCCUCCCUGGUGGAGCUUCUGGUCCGGUGGGUGAGGCUGCCCCCAGCCCACCCCUGAUGCCAGCGGGGCUUGGGCAAGAGUACACGUGGAGGCCACACCCGUCGAGAUACUGUAAACUUACAAAUCAAGCUAACGACUGUUCAAUAAAAUACGUUUUGUUCUCCUA